GCGCCCAGGAGCUGAGGGAGCCGGCGGAGCAGCCGCGGCCAUGAGCGCCGCCCGCCCGCCCCGGGCGCUCGCAGGAUUGUUUGUGUGGCGUCUGAAGGGCGCUGGCACACGGCACAACCCGUGCCACUUCGUGCACCUCUGCCGGGCAACCAACCACAGGUUGAUCACAUUUCAGUACUUUAACUUUCUAAAACGAAUGUAUGUAACUCAGUGCAACAAAGACCUCAGCCAACGAGCCAAACCCAGGUCUGAUCCGGUGGUGCCUCCUUUUCACGAGCUGCAGCAGCUGGAUCAGGAGAAAAAGGUUAUCCACAAGAUUAGCCCAGUUUCACCUGCUCAUCAGCCUUGGCCUGAGACAUCAGGGCGGAAUGAGCUGAGAGAAGUGAAAUCACCUGCAGAAAGUGAAGCCUCAGGCACAGCAGCAAGAGCAGAGCCCAGGGAAGACAGACAAUGGAAGGAAAUGAAGCUGCGGCUGGACGAGUUGCCAGGAAUUUUGGCACGCCUGUCCAAAAUCAAGCUCACAGCUCUGGUCGUCAGCACCGCGUCCGCCGGCUUUGCCAUGGCCCCGGUCCCUUUUGACCUGCCCUGUUUCCUGCUGGCCUCCCUUGGAACUGGCCUGGCGUCCUGUGCUGCCAACUCCAUCAACCAGUUCUUUGAGGUCCCGUUUGACUCAAACAUGAACAGGACAAAGAACAGGCCGCUGGUGCGAGGACAGAUCAGCCCCCUGCUCGCCGUCUGCUUCGCUGCCUCCUGCGGAGUGCCAGGAAUUGCCCUGCUGACUCUGGGAGUGAACCCUCUCACUGGGGCCCUGGGAGCCUUCAACAUCUUCCUCUACACGUGCUGUUACACCCCCAUGAAGAGGAUGAGCAUUGCCAACACGUGGGUGGGAGCUGUGGUUGGGGCCAUUCCCCCCGUCAUGGGCUGGACCGCGGCUACCGGGAGUCUGGAUGCUGGUGCUCUGCUGCUGGGAGGGAUCCUUUACUCCUGGCAGUUCCCUCACUUCAACGCCCUGAGCUGGGGCCUGCGGGAGGAUUACUCCAGAGGAGGUUACUGUAUGAUGUCCGUCACCCACCCAGGGCUGUGCAGGAGGGUGGCUCUGCGCCACUGCUUGGCCUUAAUCGGACUCUCGGCGGUGGCUCCUGUCCUCGACGUCACCACGUGGACUUUCCCCGUCAUUUCGCUCCCCAUCAACCUCUACAUCUCCUACCUCGGCUUCCGCUUCUACAGGGAUGCAGAUCGCAGCAGCUCCAGGAAGCUCUUCUUCUGCAGCCUGUGGCACCUGCCGAUGCUGCUGCUGGUCAUGUUCACCUGCAAGAAGUCGGUCCUGGACAAGGAAGACAAAGGCGACCUGCUGGGAAAGGGGGAAAGUCACGGGAGGGCUCUGGAAAUUAGAUUGCCUUAAAUGUCGAUUGUAUGUUGUCCUCGUGGCACGUCAGGUAGUUUAUUUUAGUAAUUACUGUGGGGGAUCCUGUGGGAAUCUGUUUGAGGAAGAAUCAUUUGUGCCUAGCGGCCACUUCCUGCAUUCAUUUUCUAUUUUCUUUUGCGAGGGAGUAGCCAGGAGACCUCAAAGCCCUCGGGGGCCCCAGGGCCAUCACACACCAGGA